UAAUUGUUGUUGUUUGUUUGUUUGUUGUUGACAAUAUUAUCAAACUUGUUUACAGACAAAAUUUUCAAAUAAAUACGCAUAAAAUCAACAUAAUCGUUAUCAAAAUCAAACCAGAUUGGUCAUUCAUGUGGAUGAAUAUAAAUUUAUAUUUACAGCUUUUCAUUUGGCUGAAUAUGUGAAUAUUGAUGAUCAGUUUUUUUUAAUCAUAAUUCACCAUUAAAUAUUGAUUUUGACAAUGUUUUCCAUACAUUUUCCAACUUAUUCACGUUUGGAUGCAUUGAAUUCAUUAGUUACAAAAUCGGUACAUGUUCUUUGUUUACCGGUCGAUUUUUUAUAUCAACGACCUGCUAAUGAUUGGUCAAGUUUAUAUGAUUUGAAUAUAUUGAAUCGUUUUGAAUCCAAAAGCAAAAAAGCACCAUGUCGUUUAUUGCAACGUUUAUUUGAUUAUCAUUUGAUUGAAAAUAACCAAAAAUUUUCUUCAUUGCUCGAUGUAAAUUCUCGACAAGCAAUUGUUGAUUAUAUAAUUCGAGAACGUAUAUCAGUGCAGGCUGAAUUUGUCAUCAACUUGAUCGAAGAUGGUGGUGUAUAUAAUUUUGAUCUUUGGCAAUUGACUGAAAUAAAUGAAUUCACUCAUGAAGAAAUUGAACGAAUGCUUAAAUCAAUGUACACUUAUUCAAAAUGUUUUCGUCAAUUAUCAUUAGGCGGUGCAAGUUGGAUCUAUCAUAAUCGAAUAGUAAAUGGUGCAUUGAAAAUGUUUCUUUGUAAUAAUCAAAAUUUAUCCAAUGUAAAAACUUUAAAAAUUCAACAUUUAACAUCUGAAAUCGAUAUAAUUUCAUUAUUCAAUUCAUGUUCGAAUCUUGAACAUUUAGAUAUUGCUGAACCUUCAUUGAAAAAUCGUGAUAUGUUCAAAAUGACAAUGCAUUUAUCAUCAAAUUCUGACCUUCCUAUUUGUCGAACAUUAAAACAUGUAACUUUACCAUCAUCAUUGCAAGAGGAAGGAAUCAUGCAUUUUUUAGCUCAUUUUCCCAACAUAAUUCAUCUACGGUGUACUCCAUUCGAACAGUUAUUGGAUUUAUUGGACCAUUCGAUUGCUAAUAAUUCAUCAAAUAAAUUCAUUGCAGAAAAAGCAUUAAAAGUUUUACAAAAUCUUCGAGCAUUAUCGAUAGCUCAUCCAAUGAGUCGUAACAUGGUGGAUCGUUUGCUUUUAAAUUGUCCGCAAAUCGAAGAAUUAUCACUGGAAUUACAGAAAUACAUGUCUUUGACUACAUUGGCAACAUCGGCACAACGACUCGUCAAACUUGAACUUCAUAAUUCAGCCAAUCAAUCGAUUAGUUUUACGGAUCACGUUGUACCGAUAUUGGAAGGAUGUGGUCAACAAAUGCAAGUUUUGAGUCUUAUCAAUUUUGAUCAUAUCGAUUUGACCAAAUGCGCCCAAUACUGUCCGAAUUUAUGCUCAUUUUCAGCACAAUGCUUCACAACAAUUACCUAUCAAUCACGAUUAUUACGUUGGAUGAAUGUAAAAGAUCCAUUUAGAAAUCUUAAACAUUUACGAUUACGUCCUCGACCUGAUUAUUCACUACCUCUUGAUGUUUGUGUUUCUAUGCUACAGAAUUGCCUAAAUAUUUGCCAUAUUGAAUUAUAUUGUUGUUUAGAGCUAACCGACGAUAAUAUUGAUCAAAUUAAUCAAACAAAUCGUUUUAAAUGUUUACAGACUUUUAUAUUACGUCAUGGUCAUAGUGUUACUGAUCAGGCACUUUGUCGUUUAGUUUCAUUGGCCGUUUCGCUCAACAAUCUGGUCUUUCAUGAUUGUGGACUAGUUCCACCCGAUAUCAAAGAAAUUUUGUGAUUCUAUUCAUUUUUGAUAUAUAAAAAAUUUUUUUUACAGACAACAAAAAUUGCUUUGAACAUUUUUGUAUAUAAAAAAA